AUGGAGGACUCCGUCAUUGCAUGUAUUGAGAAGUGGUUUGAUUUCUCAUCAGAAAAUGUAAUGAUGAAACUGAAAUCGAUCGGCCUGCAUGAGGCGCUCUCCUUCACUGACCUGGAGCAGGUGGUGGCUGCCCUCAAAAUGACAGACACUGCAGGACUGUCUCAGUGCUGGCAGGGGGCGAAACUCCCUGAGGCAGUAGUUUCCCCGAUAGUGCAGAGCAGCAAUAUCCUGCGGGUGCCCAGUGCAACAUCUUUGGCGCAGUGCGUGGCCGCCUGCUGCGACAUGCCAGACUGCGACCUCGCCUGGAUGUUUGAGCGCCACUGUUAUAUCUUGAGCUGUCAGCAGAGGGAGAACUGCCGGCCCAGAGAAAGACCUGGGUCGGACUCCUACCUGGCUUUCCUGUGGCGCACGCCACCCCAGACUCUAGUCCUGCAGUCUCUGGUCAGGGGGGAGCCCCUGGCCCAGUCAUCUGAGGCUCCAGGGGAUGUGGAGGCCUUGAAAGACCUAGCCCUGUUUAAUAGGGCCCAACAGGAUUUAGGUGACCCGGGCAUGAUGGAUCCAGAAUACCUUGAGGGAAGCCCAGAGGAGCGAGGCAUGGCCGGUGGAGGAGGCGGUGGUGGCUCGGAGGCGGAGCUGCCUCCCAGUUGGAGAGACAAAUCCAGUGAAUCUGAGAGCAAGGAUGGUCUAGGGGAGCUGCCGACAGAGACCAGCCUGUCUCAGAAUAGUACCCCCUCAGAGGGGAACACAAGCCAGGAAGCCCAGUACAGAGACACGACUUCAAAUCCUACUCCUCAACAGAAAGAAGAUGGUGAAGUCCACAGCAAAUCAGAGGCCAGCACUGAUACCAUAUCAAUCACGCCAUCGCCACAGAAACCCACUCCUGAUGCCACCCAACAAAACCUUAUAAGGACCUCAAGCCCCACCCAGGCCACGCCCCAUCCCCCCAGUGCCCUGCCCGUGGCCACACCCACAGGGCCCGCUCGAACUUUGAAUGUUUCCCUGGGAGACCCCGUUCUGCUGACAUUGCCCAUGGAUACGGUUGAACUUGAAGCAUCUGUCCACCCAGAACCCCCAUCUGAGUCAUUCUACAACUAUGACUGGUAUUUGAUGAGCUCCACCGAUGGCCACGUAGAAGCGAUAGAGGGCGAGCACAACCAUUCAGUCACACUCAGCAGACUCUCCGCGGGCCUUUACGUGGUGACAGUGUCUGUGUCGGGCCAAGGUGCCAAUGGAGAAGGAGCAGUCAACAUCACAGUGAGGGAAGCUCCAAGGUUAACCCCACACCCCAAAGCUUUGGUGUUCCCCUCAACCCAGGUCCUGUCUCCCCCAGCCGGCAAUGUCAUCAUCAAUGCCAGCAAGAGUAAGAUGGCGGUCAGCUGUGGCUGGGAACAGAUGAGCGGAUCUCCGGUGCACCUGGGAGAUUCUACAAACAGGUGGAUUCUAAACCUGUCCAACCUGGACCCGGGAAACUACACAUUUAGGCUGAUGGUGACUGAUGCCUUUGGUGCAUCAGACUCCACUACAGCAACAGUGAUGGUUCUUCAGGCCCAGCCCAGCAUUGGCCCCAUCAACCAUCAGGAACCCCCUUUGGCGAAGACCACAACCUCUGACCCAGCGGUGACCUCUCCCCUGCCCACAACCCCCCCACCCUUCGUCCGUCCCUCUGUUACUGCUCCUGACAGAUCAGGAGACAGGCCAGUCUCCAUAGUGGAGGUGGGGGGGUCAAACCACGGCCCGGUGGCUGUGGUGGGUACCGACAGGAAGCUGGUCCUGCCUGUGAGCAGAGUGGUUCUGGAUGGUAGCGGCAGCACAGAUGACCAUGCCAUUGUCAGCUACCGCUGGGACCCCAUCAGUGGGCCCCCUGGGUUAAAGAUGGAGGGAGCGGACAAGGCGAUAGCCACGGCAACAGGCCUGCGGGUGGGGCGCUAUACCUUUAGUCUGACCGUCAGUGACCAGGAGGGGGAAACAGAUACGGCUACACUGACUGUCAGAGUCCUGGAGGCCAGAAUACUUCAUCCUAUGGCACAUGCCAGUGGCAGUCACACCUUAACCCUGCCCAACAACUCACUGGUGCUGCGUGGCUCGGUGACAGAUGGCGACCAGGCAGAAGUGCAGUACCUCUGGGUGCGGGACAACCAGAGUCCUGCAGCUGGGGAUGUGCUGUAUGGCUCCAAGACGCAGGCAUCUCUGUACCUGGCCAACCUGGUGGAAGGGACCUACCUGUUCCAGCUGAGGGUGACUGAUGCCCAGGGGCAGACCAGUACUGCCACUGCCACCGUGGAAGUCCGCCCAGAGCCAGGGGGUGGUGAGGAAGUAGAGGUGGAGAUGUUGGUGGCAGUUUCCCAGGUCAGCGUGGCUCAGAGAGACACGGUGCUCAGACAGCUGGCAGCCCUGCUUCAUGUCCUGGAAAAUGACAUCCAUCUCACUGUACUACAGGGACACUCCCAUCUCAGCACGGUACUAAGAUUCUCAGUGCGUGGCCCUGAGGGGCCGGUCCCUGGUUCUAACUUGGCCCGAGUUCUACGGAACCAGCUGCUUAAGGAAAAGACGGACUACCUGCUGUUCAGGGUGGUUCGGGUCGAUACAGUCUUGUGUUUGCUGCACUGUUCGGGGCGAGGCCAGUGUGAUCCAAUCACCAAGGAGUGUGUCUGUGACCCCUUUUGGACAGAGAACCUUAUUCGCCGGUUAUUUGGUGAUGGAGAGAGCAACUGUGAGUGGAGAGUGCUGUAUGUCAUUCUGUCCAGCUUCGUGGUCAUCAUCUUCGUUCUGUCUGUCAGCUGGACCUUCAUCUGCUGCUGCAAGAGAAGGAGGAGGACCAAAGUAAGGAAGAAAACCAAGUACACCAUCCUGGACAACAUGGAUGACCAGGAGAGAGUGGAGCUCCGUCCCAAAUACAGUAUCAAACACCGCAGCACAGAGCACAACUCCAGCCUGAUGAUGUCAGAGUCUGAGAUGGACAGCGACUACGACACCAUCUUCAGCCGGGACCGACCCGUCCGCAGCAGAAACAGGGCCCAUGCCAACACUGUUCGCAACGGCAAUGCUUUUGGCUGA